AUUGGGAUGCGCAACGUCCCCCCGCUCGACCCCGCCCUGUAUCACCCCACCCCUGCAGCACACGCGUUCUUGAAGGAGCAACUGGGCUUGGAGGACAAUGAGGUUCUGAAACAACACAUCAUGAAGAUACAGCAAAAGGCCUAUGCCGUUGCGCCUUACCCUUGCAUUCGACUUUUUGCAUUCACCGAGAUUGAUAUAAUCACCUACCCGGCGUACAAGGAGCUCUUGAGGAUCGGUCAUGAACGACUGGGUGCUAUCUUCCUCGAAAUGGCUAGUUGUUUCGGCCAGGAGGCAAGGAAGGUGGUUGCAGACGGGUUCCCUGUUGCACAAGUUGUUCUUUCGGAUCUUCAAAGAGAGCUCAUGGAACUAGGACAUGAAUUUUUCCAAACCAGUCCGUUGACGUUCCCAGCUCAUAUGGUUCCUGGUGAUGCGUUUAGCCCGAGUAUGCUUGAGAUCAGGCCCCCUGCCUACGCACCCCCCAACACGCCGUAUCCCGACCUCAACACACUUAGCUCUCUGAACCCACUAAGCGGCCACGUCUCGGCUAUUCACGCUUCAAAGUUCUUCCAUCUAUUCGACGAGGCAAAGCAGAAGCACCUCGCCCGUGCUCUAGGCGGCCUCCUCUCACCCGAACCUGGCUCGAUAAUCUUUGGUGCGCACGUUAGCGCCAAGGAGAAGGGCGUCGUAAAGUUCGACGUGCUCAGCUCGUCGUUCGACAUGUUUUGCCAUUCACCCGAGAGCUGGGCUGAGUUGUGGGACGGAGAUGUGUUCAGAAAGGGCACAGUCAGGGUUGACGCCAAUAUU